AUGAGUAGUAUUGAAGAAUGCUCUGAUUGUAAUACAUAUUGCAGUGAAUUUAAUAAUAAAAAGGGCACUAAAAAAAUAUAUCCCGAUGAUUUUGAAAAUACUUGUAAAAAGAUAUUACGAAAUUUAUUCAAAUUAUCUGAUGUUUUAAAAAGCGAGAAAAGCGCAAGAGAUCGCUGUUCAUAUUUAAGUUACUGGACAUAUGAACAAUUAUGGAAAAAAUUUACAAAUCCAAAUUCUGAAGAAGCCAGAGCAAGUAUACAUAAAUUACAUGAAGUGCUAUUAAAGUUUAAUAAUAUAGAAAAAUUAAGGAAUCAACCUUGUCAUAUUUAUUUGACUGAAUCUUUUGCUAGUUUGAAAGAGAAAAAAGAACUGCAUGAUUUUUUCAAAAGUUUUGAUUAUUUGAAAAAUAAACUUAAAUCUGUUACAAGUGAAAAAGAGAAAUAUUGUGAAUACAUUACUAGAAUUUUAGAACUAUAUAAACAGAAUAUAAGGGACUGCUGCACUUAUUUUUUUGAGAAUUCCUCGAGGAACACCUGUGAAGAAUAUUUAAAAUGUGAAAAACGGUAUUAUCCUUAUGAACUACUAUCUAUUUUAGAUUGCUCCUCCAAAUCAUCUUAUAAAAAACCUGAAGAAUUUUUUGAAGAAUUAGCUAUUGAUCGUGAGGUUAUACUCAGAAGUAGAUAUUCCAAUGAAUUAACAUGUCAAGGAUUUAUGUGUGAUCCUUUCAGAGUUGUAAUAACAAUUGGUUUUGCACUUUUGGGAAUAUUUUUCCUGCAUUUCUUAUAUUAUAAAAUCACUCAUUCUGGAACUAAAUCGUAUGACGAUAUAUAUGGAUAUAAAAAUGUUUAUAAUUUUCUAGUAUCUCGGGAUACAGCAUUUGAGGAAAGAUUACAACGUGAGCAUGAUAUUUCACCAAGAAGGGGAAUUAAUCUAGCUUAUUAUAGUACUUAA